GACCGCGGUUAUGUCUUGACUCUACCCGCAGGUUGGCUAAACCGGUCCUAGCAGCAGAGUAGACAGCAGGAGAGGGCAGGAACGGAAUCACAUUGGAUUUGAGAAAAUCGUUUCAUGGGUGUGCUGUUUUUGAGGAAAUUUGAAGUGGGUAUGAGGAAUUCUGAGCUGAGUUGAUGGAUUUGUGAGCCAAUUAGCUGGGGUUUUUGAGCUGAAAGUUUGAGCAAGGUGUGACAUGAGGGAGCGGUUUGGAUAGAUCUGUGAGUGGUUUUAGGACAGUGGAAUGAAGGAACCAGUGGAUUAGUUGCAGCUAAAGUUGGUGGUGGUAAUGGCUUAUGCUGAAGGCUUUAGGCACUUGUCAUGUAGGAUUCCUGCUCUGGGUAAGGAGAGUAAUAACAGCAGUAGUAAUGGUGGUUGUGUAGAUAGUAGUUAUUCAUCUGAGCUUGCUUUAGGACAGAUGGCUGGUGGCCCUAGGACUCCACAUGGACAUCAGAAUUCUUCUUCUUCUAAUUCAUCUUGUUGCACAGAUGCCAGCGAUGCUCUCUAUGAGGAGCUCUGGCAUGCCUGUGCUGGCCCCCUUGUUACCGUUCCGAGGAUUGGAGAGCGGGUGUUCUACUUCCCUCAGGGUCAUAUAGAGCAGGUUGAAGCAUCCACGAACCAGGAAGCUGAACAACAGAUGCCUUUGUAUGACCUGCCUUCCAAAAUUCUUUGCCGGGUAAUCAAUGUGCUGCUGCAGGCUGAACCAGACACAGAUGAAGUGUUUGCUCAUAUUACUUUGGUUCCCGAGGCAGAGCAGGAUGAGUGCUCCACUGAUAUGGAUCCUCCUCCUCCACCGCCUCCAAGGCCUUCUGUGCAUUCCUUUUGUAAGACUCUUACUGCUUCCGACACAAGUACACAUGGAGGUUUUUCUGUUCUCAGGAGACAUGCUGAUGAAUGCCUUCCACCGUUGGACAUGAGUCAACAACCUCCAACUCAAGAAUUAGUUGCCAAAGAUCUGCAUGGAAAUGAUUGGCGUUUCCGGCACAUAUUUCGUGGUCAGCCAAGGAGGCAUUUGCUGACAACCGGGUGGAGUGUCUUUGUUAGCUCCAAAAGGCUUGUAGCAGGAGAUGCGUUCAUCUUUCUGAGGGGUGAAAACGGCGAACUGCGUGUAGGGGUCAGGCGUGCCAUGCGUCAGCAAAGCAACAUUCCAUCCUCAGUUAUAUCCAGUCACAGCAUGCAUCUUGGUGUCCUUGCUACUGCGUCACACGCAGUUUCAACAAGGACUAUGUUUAGUGUCUUCUACAAGCCAAGAACCAGCCCGUCAGAAUUCAUAAUUCCUUAUGAUCAAUACAUGGAGGCCAUGAACAGUAAUUUCUCAGUUGGCAUGAGAUUCAGGAUGAGAUUUGAGGGAGAAGAAGCCCCAGAGCAAAGAUUUACUGGUACCAUCAUUGGAAUAGGUGAUUCUGAUCCUGUGAGGUGGCCAGGUUCAAAGUGGAGAUGCCUCAAGGUGCAAUGGGAUGAAAUAUCAGCUAUUCCACGACCGGAGAGGGUCUCACCAUGGAAAAUAGAACCUGCCUUGCCCCCAUCAGCUAUUAAUCCUUUGCCAAUAGCUAAAAACAAGAGGCCCCGGCCAAAUAUAUUGCCUUCAAAUCCAGAUUUGUCAGUUCUUGAUAAGGCAUCAGUUGAAUCUACACAGUUGCAUAGAUUUAAUACAAGGGUCUUGCAAGGUCAAGAAGUUAUGACCUUGGGAGGAUCUUUGGGUGACAGUGACGCGGAGAAUGUUCAAAAGGCAGUUGUGUGGGGACCGAAACUAGAUGAUGUUAAAACAGAAGGUGUAGGCUCCCAAAGAAGAUUGGUUUCUGAAAAUUGGAUACCACUGCAAAGACAUGACUCAGCAUAUGGAGACUCGUUUCCCAGUUUUCAGGGCAUUAGUGAAAUGCAAGAACUGUGUGGGCCAUAUCCUAAUCGUAUUGUGGAAGAUCCACAACAAAUGAAGCUUUCCAGAAAACCAUUUCAGGACCAAGAUUGUAAAAUUGGAGAUUCAUCUGGCCCAUGGGUGACAAGUUUUCCCAACAACUUACAUGAACUGAACGAGUCUAAUCGGAAACAAUAUCUAACCUCAAUGGCACCAUCUCCCAAACCUAGUGGACAUAUGAGGUGGAAUGGCUUCAAUGGGUACCCACAUUUCUCAAACUUGGGAAUGGAAGCAUUGGGAAACUGGAAAAUGCAUAUGAUGCCAUGCCAUUCAGAAGUUUCAGGGGGACAUGGUGGUGUGGACAGAAAUUUAAUGAGGAACAUGCAAGCUAAUAAACAGGGAACAACAGAGCAUCAGCCUGGUUUUGCUUCAAUGGAGGCUUCUAAAGAUAAGGGAGUUGAAGUCAUUUCACGCCCUGCAGACAAUAAUUGCAAAUUAUUUGGUUUUCAUUUGAUUGACAAUUUCUCAGGCAGUGAGCCAAAUUCAUCAAAAAAUAGAGUUUCUGUCAACGAGGAAGACCUACAAGUUCAUGCUCACACCCCAAAAGAUUUUCAUUCACAAUUCUCAGAAGGUGAUCAACAGUUAGAGCCAACAAGGUUGAUCAAGUCUGAUGCACCUGCUGUAAGCUGUGAGCAAGAAAAAUCAUCUCGGAGACCAUCACAAGAAACACAGUGCAGAGCUCAGAGUAAUACUACAAGGAGCUGUACUAAGGUACAUAAGCAGGGUAGUGCUCUUGGGCGAGCUGUGGAUCUUACAAAAUUUGAAGGAUACAAAGAGCUCAUCCAUGAGCUUGAGGUGAUGUUCAAUUUUGAAGGACAACUAGAGGAUCCAAGCAAAGGCUGGCAGGUUGUCUACACAGAUGAUGAGGGAGAUAUGAUGCUUGCAGGAGAUGAUCCAUGGCAAGAAUUCUGCAGCAUUGUGCGCAAGAUUUUUAUAUAUACCCGAGAGGAGGUUGAGAAAAUGACUCCCCGUGCCCUUAAUUUGAAGCUCAGGAGAGAGUGUGAAGAAGAACCGAUCACAAGAGAAAUCUCUACUCUUGCAGCCACUGAUGCUCGACACACUUAGAGCUCAUUUAAUGAGUCAAUUCUGCUAUGGGUUGGUUCCAAUUAGUUCCUGUCACUGGACUGAACGGGAAUUUUUGUACAGCAUGUUGUCAAGACUGGCAGAGAAUUUGGAUGACUUUGUAAGAAUGUGCUUUUGUAUGCAAUAUCUAAUUUUUGGUGGCUCUGUCCUGAUUUUAAUUA